AUGUCUGGGGAUAAGAAGGAAACUUACGAGGAAAAUGUUAAAGACUUGCAGCAGGGAUCCCUGGAAGCCAUAGAUAUUAGCUCAGGACUACCAGGAACUCUUCAACGUACAGAUGCUGAUGAGGCCCUGGAUUUUGCCCUUCAGCUGUCCUAUGACAAGCAAAUCGAUGCGGAUGCCGAUCGAAAGUUGACAAGAAAAAUCGACUUGAUUGUAUUUCCUGUCAUGGCUCUAGUAUAUGCAGCCCAAUUUCUCGACAAAACGUCCAUGUCUUACGCUGCAGUUAUGGGACUGAGAACAGAUUUGAAUAUGGUGGGAAACAUGUACAGCUGGUCGGGAACCAGUUUUUACCUGGGCUAUCUUGUUUUCGAGUAUCCGGCUGCUUGGAUGCUGCAGAGAUUUCCACUGGCGAAAACUCUGGCCGCGUUUCUAAUUGUUUGGGGCGUUAUCUUGACAUUGACUUCCGUGGCAAAUUAUGCUGGAUUCAUUGCUAUCAGAACGAUUCUUGGAAUGAUGGAAUCCAGUACUUCAAUUGGAUUUAUGCUCUUAACAGCGCAGUACUAUCAUCGUGAACAACAGGGUUCUAGAACUUCCUUUUGGGUUGCUUUCAACGGGUUAGGACAGAUUAUUGGUGGUGCGAUGGCAUACGGUCUGUCUGAAAGAGAGGAAUCUCUACCCAUAGCUGGUUGGAAACUGGUCUUUAUCAUUUGCGGCGUUAUUACAAUUUUUCUUGGGAUUCUCUUCCUAAUUGUUAUACCUGACAAUCCGUUCAAGUCGAGAUUCCUCAAUGACGCCGAAAAGGAAUUGAUCGUUCUUAGAUUACGUCAAAAUCAACAAGGUGUGGGAAAUCACAAGUUCAAAAGUUACCAGUUCAUCGAGGCACUUACCGAUGUGCGCACAUGGAUCAUGUUUAUCUCUUCUGUCGCACUGAAUAUCCCUAACGGGGGAAUCGGAACGUUUUCCUCUAUUCUUAUCAAGGGAACUAUGGGUUACAACGAAUCCAUGACCUUAUUGAUGGGUUUGCCUGCUGGUGCAUGCGAGUUUGUGGGUUUGAUAGCGUUCGGUCUAAUUUCUCCGUUUGUGAAAAACAGAAUGGUUCUUGCGUCUAUAACGACUGUCAUUGCAUUAGUGGGUUCUUGCUUGAUGUCUUUUGCUGGACCACCAAAAGCACAAUUAGCCGGCUACUACCUACUGAUGGUCUCGCCAGGAGCGAUGAUCGUCAUGUUUUCGAUUGUUUCGUCAAAUGUUUCUGGGCACACUAAGAAGACGACAGUUGGUGCCAUAUAUUUGAUUGGAUAUUGCGUGGGCAAUCUCAUUGGGCCCCAAACCUUCCAGGAUCAAGAUGCGCCAGGUUACCGUCCAGCAAAAAUAGUCAUGGUCGCGUUUUACUGUCUUACUUUGAUAACGCUGCCAGCCCUCUAUUUUGUGAACAGCCGCGAAAACAAAAGAAGGGAUAAGUUGGUUCAGGAAGGACUGCUAGACCACGAGGAGAAUUCUGAGUUUGCUGACCUGACUGACAAAGAGAAUUUGGAGUUCAGAUAUGUGCUUUGA